AUGAACGCCGCUAUCAAGUUCAUUUCAGGGUGGGUGGGUGGGAAGUUGUAUGAUGAGAAGUUCAUCUUGACUCCACUCAAAGUGGGGCAAUCCUCACUAAUGAGUGGUGUGGAGCGUGAGUUGGAUGUGGCCUUAAGUUUGGGCAGCAUCCACGCUUAUCCGAAGCAGCCAUGGGAAUCGAACAUCUUCUUGAGGCAAGUGUUUGGCGAUCCGACGCACUUAUCGUCUCCUGCUUUGCCCUCCUUGCGUAGCCUUGUUGUGCCUCCUCCUAGCAAACGUGCAAAGAUUGAAUCAUUGCCGGUGUGUCAGAAGAAGAUUGUGGUUCCUGAUGCUGUGUAUGACCAGACACAGCAGCACGCGGACGCAGAGAGAGCUUCUGCACUGAUGAAAUGGUGUGACAUCUUUAUGUUAGAUCCUGAGGCUACUCCACCGGGAAAAAUGCUCUUGCGAUGUGCAGGUUCAGGUGAGUCAGCCAUGCGAGUCAUGGAGGACCUCUUUAGGAAGAAGGCCACUUCGACAAUCAAGCAAAGAGUUGGAUCCUUGGGACUUUUCCUGGCAUGGUUCAAAGUGCAGAAGCCCAGUGACCCCUUCUUCCCCAUUGAUGAAGAAGCUCUUUAUGAAUAUGCGUGCGACUGCAGGGAUCAUGGUAAGAGUGCUUCGCGUGUGGAGACUUUGCUGGGGACCUUGAAAUAUGUUGGAAAUGUUUUUCAGUUUCCAGGUGCUCUGGAGGCUGCUGCGUCUCCCAGAGUUGAAGGAGCAAGUCACGGCUUGUUCUUGACCAAAGCACCUCGAGCUAGGGCAAAGGAGUUGAGCCCGUCUAUGCUAUGCUGGCUUGAAGUAGCAUGCUUCGCCUUGCCCAGCACUUUCGACCGAGUGGUGGCAGGGCUUUGUAUGUUGUGUGCUAUGGGCAGAAUGAGGGCAUCCGACGCUAAUAGGCUUCGGCAUGCAUCCUUGAUCGGCCGCUACUAUGAAGGUGCCUUGAGCCGGACUAAGACGGCAAAGAGCAAGGAGAAAGCGACAUCCUUCUUGCCACUAGUCUGCCCUGCCUUUGGCCUCUUAGGCAGGAACUGGCUGCACGAAUUCCUGCUGUCCCGAAGUGAGCUGGGCUUGGAUGAGGUACCAAGCUUGGCAUCGAGGUCCAAUGAUGUCGGCUAUGUGCUGGUGCCGGGUGCUUCGUCUUUCGAAACAGGUGACAACCUCCCCAUGAAGUCGUCGGAGCUGUCGGACCGCUUGAGGGCUAUCUUGGGCCUGGGCUUCAGUCAGCAAGAUAUAGAGGGAAUCAGUAGUCACUCGCUGAAAGCCACUCUUCUUUCCUACAUGAAUGUCUGGGGAAGUACCUUCGAAGUGAAUGAGAUUUUAGGGUUCCAUGUCAACAAGGAGCAUGGUUCAGCCCUAAAUUAUACCAGAGACGCGUUGAGUCAUCCCAUCCGGCAACUGGUGUGCAUGUUGGCAGACGUUCAUGAUGGCCGCUUUGUUCCUGAUGCCCCUCGUGAUCAUGUGUUUCCACAGGCCGAUAUGAUUCUGCCAAUGAACCAAGUGUUCGAGCAGCAUGUUGGGAACUCAGUGCCUGAAGUGGCAAGGAUCAUGAUGGGAGACAGGACGCGCUUCACUGUAGAGGAAGAUGCAAAGGCAAAUGACAGGCUUGGCAGGAUGUUGGUAUUAGCAGGCAUACCCAGGACAGGGCUAGUGGAGCAUCUCAGCUCGACUGAAGAGUAUGCCCUGUACCACCCCUCUGUGGGAGUCUGGAACGAAGAAACCCAGGCUGCAAGCAAAGCACAGACCAUUGACAGCUCCAGCUCCUCUAGUGAGGAAUCGGAUAGUUCAAGUGGCUCCUCAAGCGAGGAAGAAGAGCAAAGUCACGCUCUUUUAGCCUCAGUCACUGAGGCUCUCAAGCGCGCCGGGAAGUCCGGGGAAGAAGUGCGCAGAGAGAAGCAGGACCGUAGUGAACAGGUGAGGGGCAACAAAGCUGUCAAGCAGGAUCGUGCUGCCAGCAUCGGAGUGACUGCAGCUGAGCUUGCGAGACUUGAGGUGCUCAACCUGGACACCUUUGGGAAGCUGGCAUAUGGAUGCAGCUAUGUGCCAGGACAGGCGGACGACCAGCCGCUUCUGACGCUUAUAGAGAGAGUGUGUGAAGCUGCGCCACCCCCAGAGGACCGUGUGCCAGUCAUUAGACGCCUUUUCUUCGAGAGCUACACAUUGGCCAAUGCAGACUUGAGGUCGAGAGUAGAUCGCAAGGAUGAUGAGCAACCUCGAAAACUUGCUCAAGCAGAGCGUGCAGCAAGGCACAAGGACCAGCAGGUUCGUCUUGCUGGGCUGGAGCUGGUGGGGGAGUUAGAACCCUCACACUCCCUGGUAGAUUUGGUAUUCCAUAUGCUGGAAGAAAACCAAUUGCGGUACAUCAGGUGGGAACAGUGCACAAAACGAGAUCAAGAGCUUCUUGGAAUUCGCCAUGACCCUCUGUGGAAACCUGGUGCAGAUGGAGUUGUGCGAGAGGUCAGACAGAAGGAAGAAGCCCUUGCAGACACCAGUUCUGACUUGCACUUGAAGUACUGUUUGCAGCGCAGGAGUCUGGCUUUGGAUCAGGCUAGGAUCAUCGACUAUGAGAAAAUGGAGCGUUGGUCCAGGACUAUGCUGGAAGCUUACUCAGCACUUCCAAUCGAUGGCUACAAGAAGGUCAGUCUGGAUCAAAUCCAAAGGGCAGAUUUGGAACUCUUCAAAUUCCUCAUGAAGCACAGCAGGGAAGGAAUCCGUCCCAGUGGUGGUGUGGCCCCCCUUGAAGCUAUCCUGGAUCGUGCAAUCACUUCAGCGGAAAUUCGACUGCGCCUUGCUCCGUUGCCAGCAGGGUCAGGCAGUGGCAUCAAGCGAAAGCAUGAUGACUUGGAACCGGAGACCGCCAACAAAGCCAAGCACUCGCCGGAUGACAUUGCCAAGUUGAAACGCACCAUCGAGAACCUCACUGGGCAAGUUCGCAAUUUGAAAAGUCGUGGAUCGUCGAAACAGCCACCAACAGGCAAGGGAAACAAAGGCCUGGGUCGUGGAAGCAAAGGCAUGAUGGGUCGCUCUUACAAGUCUACGGUGAAAAUGCCCCCAGAGCUUGUUGGGCAGUCUCUCAUGACAGAUCAGGGAGAGCCUAUUUGCUACAGCUACAAUUUGGAUGGCUGUAACGAGGCGGCCCCUGGACAGCGCUGCCCAAAAGGAUGGCACCUGUGCACUCGUCCUGGAUGUCAGGCAGUGCACUCUCAGCGCAAUCACAAGUGA